CUGCAGGGCAGUGCCUCUGUCUGACCUCAGGUGACCGGUGCUAUUUUUCAAGGAAACUGCACUGAGCAUGCCUGCCGCAGAUGCAGCCUGUAGAUGGAGCAAAGUGGAGAGGAGGAGAAAGGGGUGGAGAGAGAAUGGCAGAGAGGGAGUCGCACAGGAGCUGCACGCAGCGCUGGGAUGCUGUUGCAGCUCUGAGAACAAGAGCUGCAUGAGAAGAUUUGUCAUUGACAGCACAGAUGGUGUGUCAAACAGGACUUGAUAUGACAUCAACGCCAGAUUUCCAUCACCCAAGAGGAGAAGAUAUGUGAAAAGGGACUCUUGGACAGCGUGGAGAUGUAUGCCUUCUACUCCCUUUUAGUCUACAUCUUCUACACUGUCUUUAAGAAGGAGGAGGAGGAGGAAGCCUUGGAAGGGGCGUGUGGAGAUUCCUCAGACGAGACAGGACCUGUUUCCAUGGAAACAGAGAGCAGGACGAGAGAUGGCCACACCUCCAAAAUGGGAAAAAAGGCUUGUGCUCAGCUCAGUGAGUCAAGCAGUAGCAGUGACAGUGAUGAAAUGUCUUUGAGUGAUGAGGAUGAGAAAGAUGCCCCAGACAUCCCAGCAUGCACUCCUCUUGCUGCCUUUUUGUCCUUCAAGCAGGAGGCUGAGAAAAGGAGGGCCUCACAAGUUCAGAUGGAACCAACAGGAAAGAUGUCAGAGUCUCCCCUGGUGGCUGUGAUGUCCCACUUGCUGACUUUUCUGGAGCAGUACUCUCACUUCCAGCAGCUGCAGCAGCAGGCCGACCAGUACAGGGUCCAGCUGAAGAGACACCGCGUCCAGCACCGUCGUCAGAUGAAGGCCCUGCGGGCAUCCUACCGCCAGCGUCUCAGAGACAAGAACAGCAUCAUCAGCAGCCUGGAGGAGGCCAUCAGCCAGCAACAGACCCCCAGUCCACUGAGUGAGGGUGAGUCCAGCAGUGAUGCGGGGACACAAGCUGGGGUCCACAAGCUGGUUGAAUCUCUGUACGGUCUCCAGGGUGAGAGGAGCAAGCUGAGAGGAGAACUCCGUCUGCUGCACUCUCAGCUGGAACAGAAGGAAAAAGACAGACAUUCUCGCAUACAGGCCUUUCAACAGCAGAUCGAUGAACUCAAGAGUUGCAUAGAGGAGCGUGAGGAGGAGCUGUCAAGACUGAGAACAGCCACUGGAGCCACAGACUCUGAGAAGCGGGUUCUGUGUCUGUCAGCAGAAAACGAGAGUCUGAAACAGAACCUGAGCCUUACUCAAGGCCUCCUGCAGCAGCUGUCAACCAUCCCCUCCCAGUCCAGCACCAUGCUCAUCAAGGAGAAUGAAAACCUCCGCAGCAGAGUGCAGCAGCUGGAGAUAUCCCUACAGCAGCGUGCUGAGCACCUGGCACAACUUGAGAGACAAAACGAACAAAGCGAGUGGAGGAGAGGAGAGGAGCUGAGGAAGCGAGAGGACCGAGUGAGGGAGCUGCAGCUGGAGUUGGACAGAGAGAGAGGCAAGGAUCCAGUGGUGAAGUAUGUCACCCAGACUGUGGAGGUGGAAUCACCAGCCACAUUAAAGCACCUGACUAAAGCCAGACAGAGGAAUGAACUGCUGUCUGAAAAGCUGGCCACUCAGAAUGGGCGGUGCAAACAACUGGAGGAACAAAUCAGGAAGUCUGAUGAAUACAGCUGCAAUCUGCAGCACAAGAUUGCAGCAUAUGAGAGAGAAAUCAGUAAACUGAGAGAGGAGCUGUUGAAGGAGAUUGGCCAUUUGGAGGAGAGGAAGGAGGAAGCCGUGAAGGCUGCUGCCAGCUGCUCAGCUGAGCACUUUCAGAACCUGCAGGACCAAUUCUUCAGCUUGCAAAAGCGUUUGACAGCGCUCCCUCCGACUUUGCGCUCCAUGAAGACAGACUAUGCCAGUCUGAGGAGCCAGGUUCGAAACUUCUCUGAGUUUUAUGGAGCAGCUAUCAGCGAUGCAAAAAAACAGAUUUCUGCAGCUAUCAGUGAGAUGUCCGAAGCCAACAAAGAUCUUCUGGAGAAAUACAGGAAGGAGGUCGCGCUGCGCAGAAAGUACCACGAGCAGUUGGUGGAGCUCAAAGGCAACAUCCGCGUGCUGUGCCGUGUGAAGCCCGUGCUGAAGGAGGACCAGCAUGAGGAUGGCCAGUCUGUGGUGGUGACGACAGACCCCAACAACGAGUCCUCUCUCACUGUGCUGAACAAAGGAAAGGGUCGCAUCUUUGAACUGGACAAGGUCUUCCACCCUCAGGCCACACAGGAAGAGGUCUUUCAGGAAAUUGAGCCUCUGGUGACGUCCUGCAUCGAUGGCUACCAUGUCUGCAUAUUUGCUUAUGGACAGACUGGCUCUGGAAAAACAUACACCAUGGAGGGCAGUGUAGAGAACCCGGGCAUUAACCAGCGAGCCCUGAAACAUCUCUUCAGCGUGAUUGAGGAGAGGAAGGACAUGUGGUCUUACACUGUCACUGUCAGCUCUGUGGAGAUCUACAAUGAGGUGCUAAGGGACCUGCUGAGUAAGGACGGAGAGAAACUGGACAUAAAGAUCAACCCGGAUGGAACAGGACAGCUGCAUGUGCCAGGCCUCAGGGUCAUCGAAGUUAAGAGCUUUCAGCACAUCAAGAAGAUUUUGGCCACAGCCCGAAGGAACAGGAUCACUUUUGGCACUCAGAUGAACCAGCACAGCUCCCGCUCCCAUGCUCUGCUUUGCAUCACUGUUCAGGGCACUGACCUCGCCACCGAGUCCAAAACCACAGGCAAGUUGAACCUGGUGGACCUGGCUGGCUCUGAGAGGGUAUGGAAGUCUGGUGCAGAGGGAGAGAGGCUGAAAGAGGCCCAGAACAUUAACCGCUCCCUGCUGGCACUGGGGGACGUGAUUCAGGCGCUGAGAGCUCGGCAGACUCAUAUCCCUUUCAGGAACUCCCGCCUUACAUACUUAUUGCAAGACUCCCUGGGCAAAGGCAGCAAGACUGUCAUGGUGGUGCAGGUGUCUGCUCUGGAGAGUAAUGUGGGAGAGACGCUGUGCUCACUCAAGUUUGCCCAGAGGGUGUGUAAGGUUGAACUGGGUCCGGCAGCCAGGAAGAUCGAGUCUGGUGGAGGGCAAUGCGACUGACAGUCUUGAAUCAGCCAUUUCCUGUUCACAGUAAUCACCAGGAAGCCAUGAAUAAGCAGUCGGAUUAUCACCCAUCCUACCAACCUACAUAGCAAACCUGCUCAAGGGCUAAACCUGUGGAGGUCUGUGUGGCACCCGAAUGCUGAACCUUGGUUAGGUAUUGAGGAUAUUGGCCUCCUCUUUGCCAUUUUCUGCUUCUGACAAGUGCUAACCAUUUCUCAUUAGAUAAUCUGCAUGCAGGAGUAUUUAUUCUUCCACUCUCGGUGCCAAAACUACCUGACUCCCCUGCGGUCAAAGAUUUCAUGCUUCCUUGAACUAAAACAUCUCAUAUUCCCUUUUAUUAAAUACCAAAAUCCAGGAUUUAUAUCAGCCUCAUAAGGCCUUUCUCAGUGUUAAGAACAGCAGUAUGUUCAAACAGGUUCAAUAAGCUUCCAGUCACAAUAUCAACUCUUUGCAGUAUAAGUCAUCUUGCUAUAAAUGUGUGUAGUUUGGGAGCUUCAUCUCCAAUAAUGUAUAUUUUUGAAGGUUGUCGUAUGUAGGAGAAAGUGUUAUGAAGCAAAAGAAUGGGCUAUUAACCAUUUCAAUGACACUUAAGUCACAUAUUUGUGUAGUUUUUGUGAACUUCAGAAGAGCACUUUCUGUUUCUCUUUGGAGCCUUGGUAAUUUGCCCUUUGAGGAAAGCUGUUGAAGGGAUCAGGUGCCCUUGUAUCAAGAGUGGUAACAUAAUGAGCUGUGCAAUAUCCUCCUUAAUGAGGAAACAGUUUGGGCCUACAUGAGCAGAAGAUGCACUUUACAGUGAAAGGGGCGUUUCAGUUCAGAACAGGUAAUUUAGGAUAGCAGUAGAUAUCACUUGUGAAUGUCAUACCAAAUACAGCUUGUUGUCAUUGUUGUACCUCUAUUUAUCACCUAUUGAAUCAACACUUUUGAUUCAAGCGUAGCAAAUCAUAAAUGUUACAGUAAGUACAAUAGAGGUCAUAGAAUUCACUUCAUGAUGAUUAGAGAGUGAAUUCACAGAUAAUUUUCUGAAUAAAUAUGAUGUAUUUAAAA